GGGCAUCGUGGAAGAAGUAAACCGGCCCGGCCCAAAAGUCCUGGGAUAGGCCCGAGCUGUUUCUAGCCAGCCCGAGCAGUACACGGGGUCUGGACGAGGGGUAGAGAGAGAGAGAUACAGGCCCGCUUUUGUAGUGAGAGCUUUAGAGAGAGAACGGGAGCGAGCGUCAGAGAUGGGCUACUGCGCGUGAGUGUUAGAGAGAGAGAGAGGAGGGGGGGAGAGUUUGGCGGUGUUGAGACGGUUAGGGACAGAGAGUACGGCGGAUCGGAUACUUUGAUUGUUCGAGCAGCAUGUACCAACUGCUUUAUAUGGGGCAGAAGUUCGAAACCCAAAAAAGGAAUCACAAUCAACUUCACUCCUUUUUCACUGUGGUAUAUAUUCAUGCUACAGUUCAAAACCUUAACACAACUCCUCUGUUCUCACUCUCCGUCUGGUGAAAGAUGAACAGGCUUGUUGGUUUCUGUUCCAAAACCAAGAAUUCGAAGUUAUUUUGGAGCUUUUGCCAUCAAGAGUCCCACCUUUCCCAGAAAUUACCGACUGGGUUUUCUCCAUUUCAGUCUUUUCACCAAUCUUUCCAUUCAUGGAAGCCUCAACCUACUCUUUUGCAGAGGAUUUCAAACCAGAGAUAUAUAAACUCAAAUGUUUAUUCACUCUCUCUCUCUAGAAAUUUUCUUAAAACGGUGAAGAUUCCUAAAGUGAAGCCCUUGGGUUCAAAUUCUUUGAGGUUUUUUUUCAACCAGGCUGAAAGAUACGGGCAACAUUAUGGCUGGAGAUCGCUGUUCUCAUCACAUGGUAGCAUGUUGUGGAGCCUUAUUGGAGCUAAUGUUGUGGCUUUCUUCUUAUGGAGGACCUUAGACCCUACUUUUAUGAAGGAGAAUUUUGUGAUCUCAAUGGACAACAUUAGAAAAGGUCAUCUACACACAAUAAUCACUUCUUCAUUUAGUCAUAUAAGCUUCGACCAUCUUUUUAGCAACAUGAUUGGCCUUUACUUUUUUGGCGGCCAGAUUGAAAGGCUCUUUGGACCUCGAUAUCUGCUGAAUCUAUAUCUCGCAGGGGCAAUUGCUGGCUCAGUAUUCUUUUUGGUGCAUGAACGGUUAAUAAAACCAUCCUGGAAGAGGUUUCAAACAACGUCACCUAGCCUGUGGAGAAGUACUGGAGCUCUGGGAGCUAGUGGUGCGGUAAAUGCAAUAAUCUUGCUCAAUAUAUUUCUAUUUCCAAAGGCUGUGUAUUAUUUCAAUCUCAUCAUACCUGUUCCUGGUGCACUGUUGGGAGCUAUCCUGAUUGGGACUGAUAUUUACAGAGCGUAUCAGGGGGAUAUCCAUAUCUCAGGAGCUGGACACUUGGGUGGAGCUUUUGUUGCUUUCCUUGCCUGGCGUCGAAUUAAGAGGCCCAAGUAUUAGGUCUAAUAUUCUCUCUCUCUCUCACACAUGCAUUCCCACACCAGGAAGUUUUGACCAAGUAUUAGGUCUAAUACUCUCUCUCUCUCUCUCUCUCACAUGCAUUCCCACACCAGGAAGUUUUAACCAAAGUAGUGCCAUGAGUCUUUAGCCAAAUGAACAAAAUUUUGUGAUGAGAAUGGAACAGGCAUUUAAAGGUACCUGUCCAGUGGUUUUCUGUUGAUACUUGCAUGUACACACUCACACAUUAAGAUGCACAUGGAGUAGUCAAUCUCUCUCUCU